UCGGGGCACUGGGAAGAGCCGAGCACGGCACGCUCAGCCCCAGCACAUGGGGUGUGGGAUGGCAGCCCGCCUGCACCGGGGCUGGCAGCUCCCCCUGCUCCCUGCCAUCCUGCUCAGCCUCCACAGCCAGCCAUCUGCCCCUGAGCCAGUGACACCCCAAGAUGCUGCACUGCUGGCUGGGGUGCCUGAGGACAUUCUCUGCUUCUCCCGCUCCUUUGAGGACCUCACCUGCUUCUGGGAUGAGGAGGAUGCAGUGAGUGGGACAUGCCACUUCUACUACUGGUACAGCAGGGAUGUGCCCACAGCAUGCACAGUUUCCACGUGGCACCAGAGGUCCAGCAGGACUCGGCAUGUUUGCAUCUUCCCUAGCCAGGAUGUGCGGCUCUUCACCCAACUCCACCUCCAUGUCCUGGAUGCCAUCACCAACCAGACCAAAUACUUGCGGGAACUCAGUGUGGAUGCAGUGGGUCUCAUUGCCCCCCCGGCAAACAUCACAGCCCGCUGGGCAGGGGCUGCAGGGCAGCUCUGCGUGUCGUGGCAGCCGCCACUCGCCGACUACAUGAACUUCUUCCUCUACAAGGUGCGGUGCUGCCCUGCUGGCUCCUCAGAGACGCCCUGCAGCACCAUGUUGGAUCCCAGUGGGCUGCGCCCCAGGGAUCCCUCCAGUUAUCCAGCCAUCAGCACCCACACGCCCACGGCUGGGGCAGCUGCCAUCUCCCUUGGAAUGGAGCAGGGUCUGGUCCAGGCCAACACCUGGGUAGUCCUCAGGAACCUGCAGCCAGGAGUGAGGUACCACAUUCAAGUACGCAGCAAGCCCGAUGGCACCUCUUUGGAUGGUUUCUGGGGGCCCUGGUCACAGGCAGUGGCUGCAGAGACACCCCGCUCCUCCGGAGACAUCGGGCUGAGCUGCAGCACCCCUGACCUGCAGCACGUGCGCUGUGAGUGGAGCUGGGACGCCACAGAGCAGGGCAGCUCCCACCAGCUCUUCUACCGGCCACCUCCGAGUGGGGCCAGCGUGAGGGAAGAUGAAUGGCAGCAGUGUGAGGAGGUGAGUGAGGAGGUACAGGGCACCCAUGCCUGCACCUUCCAGCCCAGGGCUGGCAGCGCCAUCUCCGUCCUGGUAAACAUCACCCAACCUCACAUGACACCCACUCUCAGCUACUUCAAGGAGCCCUUCUGGCUGCACCAGGCUGUGCUCACAGAUGCUCCACAGCUGGUGCAGGCAACAGUGUCACAGGGCCAGCUGAGCCUGCAGUGGCUGCCACCUCUGGAGGUGCUGGCAGAACAGCUGGACUACCAGGUCCGUUACGCCGUGGAAAACAGCAAUGAGUGGAAGGUCUUACAAGUCCCCCGGGCAGCCAGGAAAGAAGUCCUGGACCUACAGCCGGGUGCCCGCUACCACGCUCAGGUGCGGGCUCAGCCCAGUGGACCGUGGUACCAGGGCAGCUGGAGCACCUGGUCCAAACCUGUUGUGGUUGAUGCCAUGGCCAGUGCAGGCUGGGUCAUCCCAAGCAUUACAGUGGUGCCGCUGCUCUGCACAGGAGUGCUCCUGGGGCUGCGCUGCACCUUCCCCUCCCUCUUCAGCAACGUGAAGCAGAAGCUCUGGCCGCCCGUCCCCGACCUGCACCGCGCGCUGGGCAGCUUCCUCCACGAGAGCGGCAAGCACGGCCAGGCCAACACCUUCUACAAGCAGCCGCCGGAGGAGGCCAUCCUGCCCUGCCUGCUGGAAGUGCUGCCGGGCCCGCGCGGCCAGGCGGACGCGCCGCCGGGCGCUGCCGGCCGGGGCCCCAGCACCGACAUCGCCAACCAGUCCUACCUGCUCAUGAGCAGCUGGGAGCCGCGCGGGCCGCCCUGAGCCCCCCGCCCCGACAUAAACCAGACGCGCAGACACCGGCUCCUCUCGCUCCCUCCCGCCCCGUCCCGGCCCCGCGAGGCGCCGCUGCCCGCGCGCUGCGCUCCCCCCGCCGCCGGCACGCGCAGGCUACACCGCGCGCGGCGUCGCCACGGCAACACCGGCGGCAGUUGGGUUUGA